CUUUUCUUUUCUUUAUAGAGACUCUAUUUCAUUCGACAAUUUGGUAUACUAUGGAUUUGGGUCAAAGUUUUAUCGAGUUAUAUGGCGAGAAUGAAGAACAAGAAGAUCAAUCAGGAUGCAAACUAUUGGAUUCUUUUGCUAUUUUUGUACAACUUGUCUUGGCUGGUUUAGCAUUUUCAACAUUGAUCCUUAAACGACAAAGAGAAUCACCACAGAGACCUUUACUAAUAUGGACAUUGGAUGUGAGCAAACAACUUAUUGGGGGUAUUGUGAUUCAUACACUUAAUUUAAUUGCCUCUCAUAUCUUUGGUAAAAGUCUCGAUGAAGAAGGAGAAGCCUCUUCAAAUCCUUGUGUUUGGUACUUUUUGAACAUAUUAAUAGAUACAACAUUGGGAGUAUUCAUUAUAUGGGCAGUUGUACAUAAUGUGCAAUUUAUAGCUCGACACUACCGAUGGAAAGGCUUUCAAAGCGGUGUCUACGGUGAACCACCUUUAGUCAAUCAAUUACGUGUAUGGGCCAAACAAUUAGGAGUGUACAUUUUUUCCCUGGUCAUCAUGAAGUGGGUAGUUGUGAUGUUGUUCAAAGCCUGCCCUUGGAUAGAGACCAUUGGAGAAUGGGUCUUGAGCUGGACAAUGGGCAACUAUCGCAUUCAAGUUUUGUUUGUCAUGUUGAUCUUUCCACUUGUGAUGAAUACUGUUCAGUUCUGGAUAGUCGAUUCAAUUGUCAAGCACAAACGCUUUUCAUCCAUUUAUCUACAUUUGGAAGAUGACGAGGCGCUUUUACCGGAUGAUACGCUCAUUCCAGAUGGCGAGUAUCAGGCUGGAAAUGCAGUGAAUAGUAGCAGCAACCGUAAUGACGAUCAUUUUUUUGUGAAUACAGCAGGAAGUGACGAAGAAGAUGCUACCUCUAUUUCUUCUGUUGAUAUUCAUCAGCAUCCUUUUAAUGAUACAGACGAAGCGAAUUACACCUCGAGUCAACCAUUAAAGGACUUUAGUAACUCUAAUCGUAAACAUAACAUUACAGAGGACGAGGAAGAGUACGAUGCAAGCUUAUACGAACUUCGAACCAACAAUGAGCUAUAGUUUAUCCCCAGCAUAUGUAAAUCCAUAACAAGUGUACAUAUAUAAAUGUAAUAUUAGUGUAUCUAUAUAACGUCAUAAUACCCCCCCCCACCCACCCCCAAGCAUCAUUGUUUCUUGAUUAUUCUUGUCAAUUCUCAAGAUUAUUAAAUGCAUUACGAUCAUACUCCUUUCACCAUGACCUUUUUUUUUUUU